CUAAUGGAUUCAACAACAGCAACUGCAGAACUUGGUUGGACCAUCUAUCCAUCACAGGGGUGGGAAGAAGUUAGCGGCUAUGAUGAAAACAUGAACACCAUCCGAACUUACCAGGUUUGCAAUGUCUUCGAUAGCAGCCAGAACAACUGGGUACGCACCAAAUACAUCCGCCGUCGUGGUGCUCAGCGCAUUCAUGUCCAGAUGAAGUUCUCAGUUCGUGACUGCAGUUCUAUACCCAAUGUUCCAGGCUCCUGCAAGGAAACCUUCAACCUAUACUACUAUGAGUCUGACUCGGAAACAGCUACUAAAUCAUCACCACCCUGGAUGGAGAACCCCUGGGUGAAAGUGGACACUAUAGCAGCUGAUGAAAGUUUCUCUCAAGUAGAUCUUGGUGGUCGCAUCAUGAAGAUAAACAGUGAAGUCCGGAGUUUUGGACCUGUUUCACGCAAUGGCUUCUACCUUGCUUUCCAGGAUUAUGGUGCCUGCAUGUCACUCAUCGCUGUUCGGGUCUUCUACAGGAAAUGUCCCCAAGUGGUCCUUAAUGGUGCUAUCUUUACCGAGACCCUGUCUGGAGCAGAGGGCACUUCAUUGGUAGCAGCCAGAGGGGUGUGCAUUCCCAAUGGGGAGGAGGUGGAUGUACCCAUUAAGCUGUACUGUAAUGGGGAUGGGGAGUGGAUGGUACCCAUCGGGCGCUGCGUGUGCAAAACCGGGUAUGAAGCGAUGGAAAAUGGUACAGUCUGCAGAGCUUGUGUAUCAGGUUUCUUUAAGGCCUCACAGGGAGACCAAAAAUGUCUGCAGUGCCCCAUUAACAGUCGAACCACAAGCGAGGGAGCAACUAACUGUGUCUGCCGCAGCAACUUCUACCGCUCUGACUCUGACCCUCCGCAGAUGCCCUGUACUACUGUCCCAUCAGCUCCACAAAACGUCAUCUCCAUAGUAAAUGAGACCUCUCUGAGGCUGGAGUGGAGCCAACCACAGGCGGCUGGUGGCCGAGAAGAUGUGGUCUACAACAUCAUAUGUAAGAGCUGUGGCAGUGGACGAGGCGGCUGCACCCGCUGUGGAGACAACGUACAGUUUGUCCCACGCCAGCUGGGACUCACCGACACCAGUGUCCACAUCAGCGACCUCCUGGCUCAUACCCAGUACACCUUUGAAAUACAGGCUGUCAAUGGAGUGUCAGACCAGAGUCCAUAUUCACCACAGUACACAUUUGUCAACAUCACUACCAACCAGGCUUCACCAUCAGCAGUGUCCAUUAUCCACCAGGUCAGCAGAACUCCUAAUAGCAUCACACUGUCCUGGUCUCAGCCUAAUCAGCCCAAUGGAGUUAUCUUGGACUAUGAACUGCAGUACUAUGAGAAGAACCAGGCAGAGUGGAACUCAUCUCUAACAAGGAGUCAGACCAACACUGCACUCAUACAAAGCCUGAAGCCUGGAACUAUUUACAUCUUUCAGGUUCGAGCUCGGACUGUUGCUGGGUUUGGACGCUUCAGUGGCAAAAUGCACUUCCAAACGAUGACUGAAGAUGAAUAUAACUCCAGUAUCCAGGAGAAGCUCCCUCUCAUAAUUGGUUCAGCUGCUGCAGGGGUGGUUUUCAUCAUUGCCAUCUCUGUCUUUAUCAUUGUCUGCCACAGGAGAAGUUCAGACAGACCAGAAUCAGAAUAUACAGACAAACUACAGCAUUAUAACACUGGACACAUGUCACCAGGAAUGAAGAUAUACAUUGACCCCUUCACAUAUGAAGACCCCAAUGAAGCAGUCAGAGAGUUUGCCAAGGAGAUUGACAUUUCCUGUGUGAAGAUUGAACAAGUGAUUGGUGCAGGAGAGUUUGGGGAAGUGUGUAGUGGAAACCUUCGUCAGCCUGGGAAGAGAGAGAUCCUUGUGGCUAUUAAGACACUAAAGGCGGGAUACACUGAACGCCAGAGGCGGGACUUUCUAAGUGAGGCAUCAAUCAUGGGCCAAUUUGACCAUCCCAACAUAAUCCAUCUAGAGGGGGUUGUGACCAAGAGCAACCCUGUGAUGAUCAUUACUGAGUUCAUGGAGAAUGGAUCCCUUGACUCCUUCCUCAGGCAAAAUGACGGGCAGUUCACAGUGAUCCAGCUGGUGGGAAUGCUGCGUGGUAUAGCCGCUGGCAUGAAGUACCUGUGUGACAUGAACUAUGUCCAUCGUGAUCUAGCGGCCCGGAACAUCCUGGUCAACAGCAACCUAGUGUGCAAAGUAUCUGAUUUUGGUUUGUCACGCUUUCUUGAGGAUGAUACUUCAGACCCCACAUACACCAGCGCUCUGGGGGGAAAGAUUCCCAUUAGGUGGACAGCACCAGAGGCUAUCCAGUACAGAAAGUUCACCUCUUCCAGUGAUUGUUGGAGCUAUGGAAUCGUCAUGUGGGAAGUGAUGUCAUAUGGAGAGAGGCCCUACUGGGACAUGAGCAAUCAAGAUGUUAUCAAUGCAAUAGAGCAGGACUACAGGUUACCCCCCCCUAUGGAUUGUCCCAGUGCACUGCAUCAGUUGAUGCUGGACUGCUGGCAGAAAGACCGGAACAACCGACCUAAAUUCAGCCAGAUUGUCAGCACCUUGGACAAGAUGAUCCGCAACCCCAACAGCCUCAAGGCUUUGACUCCACUGUCAUCAAGUGUUCACUUACCUCUGCUUGAUCGCAAUACUCCAGACUUCUCUUCUUUUAGCACAGUGGAUGAGUGGCUGGAUGCCAUUAAGAUGGGCCAGUACAAGGAGAAUUUUGUCAACGAAGGAUUCACCAGCUUUGAGUUGGUCUCUCAAAUGACCACUGAGGACAUCCUCAGAGUGGGAGUGACAUUAGCUGGGCACCAGAAAAAGAUCCUCAACAGCAUCCAGUCCAUGAGGGCCCAGAUGAACCAGAUCACUUCUGUAGAAGUGUAA